AUGGACCUGACAAUACUCCAAUGCAACCUGAACGGGAGGAGCGCGGCACAUUCGCUGCUCCCGCAAAUUGCGGCGGAAACGGACGCGAACGUGCUUGUGAUAAGCCAGCAGUACAGAAACCUCUCCGAGCCAUCGUGGAUCGCUAGCAGCUCGAACACGGCGGCGGUGUCGGUGCAAGGGGUGAACGCGGCGCGGAUUAUAGACAGUGGGGCCGAAAAAGACUAUGCUUGGGUAAGGGUGGGUUCUGUCACUAUUGUCAGUGUCUACCUUUCUCCGAACAAUAGUGCGCGCGAAUACGAAGACAAACUGGAAGCCCUGGAAGACGUCGUCAGAAACCUUACUGGCUAUGUAAUCGGGGCGGGCGACUUUAACGCGAGAGUGAUCGAAUGGGGGAUGCCUACGACGAACAGACGAGGACGACUGAUUCUACAAAUGGUCGCCCGACUAGAAUUGGAAGUCAUAAAUCACGGAAACGUGACCACCUAUAGACGACCCGGCUUUGGUAAUUCUAUACCAGAUAUAACCCUAGCCACGGACAGGAUGUUGACAAGGCUGAGGGGAUGGAGAGUGAUCGAGAACAACACAGCCAGUGAUCACCAGUACAUCGUCUUCAACCUGACUAAUGACGCCACGUCGAGGCAAAGACAGAGCAUGCGGACAACACGAUGGGACAUUGGACGCAUAAACAGGGACGAAAUCAGGAGGCAACUACGGAACGUAGCAAUACCUUCUGCGGAUCUGUCUCAAGGACGGGCGGAUCAAGCCGCGGCUGAAUGGAGUGCUAAUGAUCUGGAAAAGUAUCUGCAGCGCAUCUGCGAGGCCGCGAUGCCACGGAAACGAUACAGACAGGACAGAAGGCAGACUUACUGA